AUGGCCCUUUUCUACCUCGCGGCAUAUCCUCAAUAUAUGGGUCACCUCCGAGAUGAGGUCGAUAGGGUGGUUCGAGAACACGGCUGGACUAAAGCCGCACUAGACGAGAUGCACAAGGUUGACAGCUUCCUCAGAGAGGUGAUGAGAGCCUCGGGGAUGACCACUGGCACCAUGUCUAGAAAGGCGGUGAAGGAUUAUACCUUCUCGGACGGCACCUUCAUACCUGCGGGCACUUAUCUCAUGGCACCUACUGGUGCAAUUUACACAGAUGAUGCGGUGUAUCCGAACGCAGUCGAAUUCAAUCCAUGGCGCUUCUCCGACAUGCGGGACCAGGACGACUUCGGUCACGGACAUCAUGCAUGCCCAGGCCGGUUCUUCGCAGUGUCCGAAAUGAAGACCAUACUGGCGCACAUUGUGGCAACCUACGAUGUGAAGAUGGAGCAGGAAGGUGUUAUACCCACUCCUAUCAUGAUAGGCCACAUCUGCGCGCCAAGCAGGAAAGCUGAGAUACUGGUUGCCCUGACCGUUGACGCCGUCGAGACGGCGCUUGCGGCUCGAGGAGGGGCGGUUGAAAGCGCGGUGCGAGGCAACAUUCUGGCAUCGGUGAGAGUCUCACUCUUGCGGGAUCGGAAGAUGUACGUCCCUGGACGGGGUGUUAGUGCGUGCCCAGCCCUGGAAUAUCGCGAGCACCUACGUGUUGACGACCAUGCCGACCGCCGUGCGCUGACGCGUCUCCUCUGUGGUGACCACCCCCUCGCGGUGGAACAGCUCCGGCAAGUCUCUCCCCCUGUGCCGCGCGACCGGCGAGCGUGUCAUUUUUGCCUGCAGACCGGGAGCGUCGAGGACGAGGCACAUGUGCUGGUUGACUGCCUUGAUGCGCGGCUCGUGGCGCUACGGGAUCCGUUCUUCCUGGAUGCGUGCCGCGCGGUCCCGGUCCUAUUGCAUAUGCGCUGCAUCCUCUCGUCCUCGGACUGGUUGCUGGCGGUACUCGGGAGGCGUGCACUGGUGGCUCGGACGGCACGCAUUGUCCGCAAAGUGUUUGAUCUUUGCGCGGUGGUGCCCUUGUAG